UUUGUUAAUUAAAUUCGAGGCGGUGCAUUGGGGCCUAGGGUUCCCCGUUCGUCUGCUUUGUCGUCGUCAACGCGACCGUCUUUAGUCCAUGGCUCUCUAGAAUCGGAAUGUCCGUCCUUUGUUCGACGUCGCAAAUUUAGGAACUGCUUCACCGCAGGAAGGGGGAGGCUUUUUGUGGUCUUUCUGAUUUGUUCUGUCCAACCUAAGGAUUUCUUGGAUGCCUAAAUUAGAAAAAUUGCAAGCUAGACGGCCUGGAUCAUCAUCCGUGGCUGAGACUCUAGCAAAAUGGAAAGAUUACAAUGAUCACCUUGAUUCAUGUAACGAUGAGACCAAACUCACCCGUAGAGUUCCAGCAAAAGGAUCAAAAAAAGGCUGCAUGAAAGGUAAGGGAGGGCCAGAGAAUUUGCGAUGUAAUUACAGAGGAGUUAGGCAAAGGACAUGGGGCAAGUGGGUUGCAGAAAUUCGGGCACCGAAUAGGGGAAGUCGGCUCUGGUUGGGUACAUUUCCAUCUGCCAUUGAAGCUGCUCUUGCUUAUGAUGAAGCUGCAAGGGCAAUGUAUGGCACUAUGGCUCGCCUCAAUUUUCCCAACAUCUCAAUUCCAACCUUGCUAAAAGAAAAAGAAUCAGCCACAAAGGAUUCUCCUGAAAUCAAGAGGCCUUCAAUCUCUUCUUUAGGGUCAACUUCACUUAGUCUGAGUUCCGAGUCCACAAUAACAUCAGAUCACUCUGAGGAUUGUGCAGUCGAAGAUGUCUAGCCUGCUUUGACCUCUUACCAUUGUAAAGUUUAUGAAUUGGAGAACGAAUGUCAGAGGGAUCCAUUUUUUGGACAGUUAAUGUAAUGCCCUUCCGGCGGCGAUAUGUGGAGGUGGGGCUGGUUGUAAUAUUUUUUCUUCUUCUUGUUGUCACAAGUACAACUAGGGUUAGGAAGAUCUGAACUAGGGAUGAAAUUUUUAAAUCACUGGAACUUCUCUAAUUGAAUCAUUCCUUAUGUUAAAUCUGUUUUAGUGGUUGAUAUUUCA